ACCAUCUCAGAUUUCAAGCACAAACAUGCGGCUCCGGUUGAUGAUCCUUGCAGCAUUUAUGCUUCUCUUCCUGCUCAUCGAAUCCGCCUCGGCAGGCAAACGGCGGAAAAUCAUCAUUCAUGUACCGGUCAAAGUGAAACAGCAGAAGCAUGUGCAUACGGAAGUGAAAACGGUGCACCACCACCACAAGCCGACGGUGAUCAAGGAGGAAAAGAUCGUGAAACAAGAAGUGCACAAGCCCGUCGUGAUCAAGGAGGAGGUGGAACACGAGCAUUUCCAUCACCACUACAAACACGACCAUCCGACGUUCGAGGUUGACGGUCACGACUCGAACGGGCUGGGCUCGGGUUUGAUUCGCUAG